CUUUCUGACAACUAACGCUUCAUGUUACUGAGUUAGCCCAUCAGACUGUUUUGAUUAAAUAACUUGUUAAUAAAAUAUUUUUUAGCUGAGACUAUAACAUAUCAUUAGAACAUGGGAGCAGAAGAUGAAGUACUCAAAAUUGGAAAGAAAUUAGAAAAGCUUAUUUCCAGCAAUACGGCUGACCAUACUUCAGCAUUAGACUUGCUCAAAUCUUUGAGAGAUUCAAAAAUGACUCUUGAAGUCUUGCAGAAAACUAGAAUUGGUAUGACGGUGAAUAACCUCCGCAAAGCAAGCAGCAAUGAUGAAGUUGUAACUCUGGCAAAAACCUUAAUUAAAAAUUGGAAAAAACUUUUGCCAGCAGAAAGUCCUAGUGGCCUCAGUAGAUCUACCUCCCGCUCAUCUGGAGAUGCAAGCAGUCAGAGGAUGGACGAAACUUCCAAUGAUGGCACAGACGAAGGGAAAAGUCAAGGGGAGAAAGAUAGUUUAAUUCAAAGUAAAACUCAUAACACAACAGAUGCUGUUCGUAUAAAAUGUAGAGAUCUCUUAUUGGCAGCUUUGAAAGUCAGCGAAAUCCCAGAAGGUGCCCAUGACCCAGAAGAGUUAUCAGCGGCAAUAGAAGAUGCAAUAUUUGAAGAGUUUGGUAACACAGACAUGAAGUAUAAAAAUCGGGUGAGAAGUCGAGUGGCCAACUUAAAAGACUCAAGAAAUCCACAGCUGAGACAAAAUGUCCUGAUUGGACUCAUCUCUGCACAGCACAUCGCAGCGAUGACCGCUGAGGAAAUGGCAAGCAAAGAGAUGAAACAAUUGAGAGAAAAACUGACCAAAGAGGCCAUCAAUGACCACCAGAUGGCUAAAACAGGAGGGACAACAACUGACCUGUUUAAAUGUGGCAAAUGUCAUAAGAAGAACUGUACAUACAACCAGGUCCAGACAAGAAGUGCUGAUGAGCCUAUGACCACCUUUGUGUAUUGUAAUGAGUGUGGCAACAGAUGGAAGUUUUGCUGAUCCACCUGGUGUGCUAUGGAGGAAGAAGUACUGGAUGUAUCCAUCUCCACUAUGUUGUGUGACACACAGUUGUCCAAUGUGUAUAGGCUGCUUGCACACCUAUAUUUUCCACAUUUGAUAUGGAAACAUUGUGAACAAUCCCUGAGAAAACAAGGAAGAUUUUAUCAGUUAUCUCUUUAGGAUAGAUAGGAUUGGACGUUGAUUCAAAGUUCGUCGACUUCAAAUUUAGGACUUUAAUUACAAAGUGUGUGCAAGUGGUUUUGUUUUCAUUUGUUUCUAAGAUGCACUCUACAGUAAGUCUUUGAAUGAAUUAAAAUAUCUUAAGAAUACAAUUUGUUGCAUAAAAAUUGUCAUGUUUGCAUAUUAACUAGCUCAGUACAGAUUUUUUUAUAACUGGCAUGCAAGUUGGGUUGCAGGACUGGAUAAAGUUUAUGAACCUUUACUUAAGGCAAUAUUUGACUGUUCAAAUAUCUAUUUUCUUUGGCUAAAUGCUGAAAUAAGUUCUGAGUUUUAGUUCUUGGAGAAAAAUAUUCUGGUGAUAUAGUAGAACUGGUUUUUUUUUAGAUUUCCUGCAACAUGUUUAGUUGAAACAUGUAUGACAUGCUUCUGUCAACACAUAAGCCCCUACCCAACAUUUAACUUUUGCAUUUAUGUUUUAUAAGCUUCAUAUGUGUUUGAGGAACUAGAUUUCUUCAAGGAAAAAAAUGUUUUUCUCCCCUCAAAAUAAUUUCUAGAAGGAAUGAUGAUAGGUUUUAUUCUGUAACAUGUCUGACUCUAUCAGGUUAAAGUUUUCUUUCUUAGCCAAUUCAGUUUUUGAAUCACUAGACUAACGUCUAUAUGUCUGGGGGCUCUUUCACCCAUCACAAGAUGGGGCUAGUCUAGACCAUCACAAGGUGGGGCUAGUCUAGUCCAUCAAAAGGUAGGUCUAGUCUAGUCCAUCUUGUUACCAGUCAAACGUACACCCUAAUGUUUUCAUUGUCAAACAGGAAUGUUGAUCCCCUGUAACAGUGAGACCUAGACAUUUUCAUGUAAAUAACCUUUUCUUCGUAUUUCUGUUCUUUUGUAGCAGAUACUCAAAUGGAUUGUUCUUAACUGUAGCAUGUCUAUUCACUAUAUUUGUAAUUAGUUUCACUUAAAGUGCUUGUUAGGAUUACUUCAUGCACACACUGAUGAGGUUUUUGGGCAGUCCUAAACCCCUUACACACAGAACAAAACUAUAACAUUUUGGACAGUCCCUGCCCUACAGACCAAAGCUAUAACAUUUCGGACAGUCCCUGCCCUACAGACCAAAACUAAAACAUUUUGGACAGUCCCUUCCCUACAGACCAAAACUAUAACAUUUUGGACAGUCCCUGCCCUACAGACCAAAGCUAUAACAUUUUGGACAGUCCCUUCCCUACAGACCAAAGCUAUAACAUUUUGGACAGUCCGUGCCCUACAGACCAAACUAUAACAUUUUGGACAGUCCCUUCCCUACAGACCAAAACUAUAACAUUUUGGACAGUCCCUUCCCUACAGACCAAAGCUAUAACAUUUUGGACAGUCCCUGCCCUACAGACCAAAGCUAUAACAUUUUGGACAGACCCUGCCCUACAGACCAAAGCUAUAACAUUUUGGACAGUCCCUGCCCUACAGACCAAAACUAAAACAUUUUGGACAGUCCCUUCCCUACAGACCAAAACUAAAACAUUUUGGACAGUCCCUGCCCUACAGACCAAAACUAAAACAUUUUGGACAGUCCUAAACCCCUUACACACAGAACAAAACUAUAACAUUUUGGACAGUCCCUGCCCUACAGACCAAAACUAAAACAUUUUGGACAGUCCCUGCCCUACAGACCAAAACUAAAACAUUUUGGACAGUCCCUGCCCUACAGACCAAAACUAAAACAUUUUGGACAGUCCCUGCCCUACAGACCAAAACUAAAACAUUUUGGACAGUCCCUGCCCUACAGACCAAAACUAAAACAUUUCGGACAGUCCCUUCCCUACAGACCAAAACUACAACAUUUUGGACAGUCCCUGCCCUACAGACCAAAACUAAAACAUUUUGGACAGUCCCUUCCCUACAAGACAAAACUAAAACAUUUUGGACAGUCCCUGCCCUACAUCCACCAUUCCCCAUAUGAUUGCUAGCUUCGGAAAAGUAAAUCAGUAGGUUAAGGGUAUAUCAAUACUUCUAAAUUCUAGCAUGAGAAGAUGUUGAUAGUAUUAGAUUAAUCCUACCUAGACAAUAUAAUAAUAUCACCAUGCAGGAUGUUGUACAUACACAAUUGUUUUAUUCUGUUGAAUGUGAUGUUGAGCUGCUAGAUAAUUAGUUCAUUAAUUAAUUACAGCUCAUUCAUUUUGUUUUCUUAAAAUUUUUAAAAAGUAAUUUUGUAUGUAAAUACUAAAUCAAAUUAAAUGGAAAGAUUAAAUAUUUCUAUAAUUUGAACUUGAUGUUGCAUUAAAAAUAAAGGAGUAAAAAAGAUGUUGUUUCCUUUGUUGAUAGUAAUAAUAAUAAAAACUGGUCAUUUUC